CGUUAUCCAUUGCCUGCGUGACAGAACAAGAACGCUUUACAUCAGAUUACGGGGUCCUUCUAACUCUAGCAGGCUACCAUUUCACUUCUGGUGACACGUAAUUUAGUUUUCACAAUAUGUCUUGAUGUCUUCACUUCUCGUGAAUCUAUAAGAUUGUUCAGCGUUGAUAUACAGCAGUGGAUAAACUGAAGGGUCAGACGCAAACAAGGUCUUAUAUAGAAUAAUUACUAAAGUAGUUAUGAGAAGUUAUUAGACAGAUCAUAAUACCAAGGUUACUUCAGUAAAAUCUUCAUCAACGUAUGAGCUUCAACCUACCUGAUACAAAGAAACUUUGUUUUAGGAUUUUUUACAGAUUGAUGAAGAUGAAAACAGAUCCCUGGCAUUUUGGAUAAAGAACAGGAGUUGUCUGGAUCAAGAAAUGCCCUUAAAACACACACAAAAAAGUUAAAUUAUUGACCUGUAUUCUCGAGUUAAUCGUUCUAGAUAAUAGUCUGAAUGAAAAAUACAAUCUGUGUUUGAGGAGAGAUUAAAGAUUCCACAAGUAGUCUUUAUCCGAUCAUCAGUAUUGUGGAUUCCUGUACGUAAAGCAUACGUGGCUUGAAAGACGUGAUCAUAGCCAUUAGAUUUAAGAAUACGAUAAAGUAUAAGAUAUAAUGUACAGUUGACAAAUCGUUUCAACAUACUGAAAUUGACUGGAAAUCGUCCUCCCGUUAAGCACUAGCAAUUCUUCUUCAGACUAGUAUGCCGAUUCUAACAGAAGAUCGGACCAAAUGGUUAACCUCCACGAGUUGGAUAGUGCUCAUUUCUUUGGUCAUUUUUACCACUCCAGUAGAAGCAGAUAAUUCUACUAAAUGCAAAGAAGGUUUAAUAUUUCCGUUAUGGUUACCUAACCAUAAUCUUAGUACUGGAGACGUCGUUGCCAGGGGGAUCGUCUAUUUCAUUGGUUUGUGUUACAUGUUUGUGGGGGUGUCUGUCAUCGCCGAUCGAUUUAUGGCAUCUAUUGAAGUCAUCACCUCAAAAGAAAAAGAGGUAGUAAUUAAAAAACCAAACGGAGAAAAGCAAACUAUCACUGUAAGAAUAUGGAAUGAGACUGUCUCGAAUUUGACCUUAAUGGCUCUCGGAUCGUCUGCACCAGAGAUUUUAUUGUCAAUAAUUGAAGUGUAUGGACAAAACUUCGAGGCGGGAGAGCUGGGACCUGGUACCAUUGUGGGAAGUGCAGCUUUCAACAUGUUCGUUAUUAUAGGAUUGUGUGUUUACGUGAUUCCCAACAACGAGUGCAGGCGGAUCAAACACCUAAGGGUUUUUUUUGUGACUAUGAUCUGGAGUGUGUUUGCAUACAUUUGGCUUUACUUGAUCUUGACUUGGUUAUCGUAUGGUGUGAUCGAAGUUUGGGAAGGAUUGACCACUUUUCUCUUCUUUCCAGCAACUGUACUUACUGCUUAUAUCGCCGAUCGCAAGCUUUUGAUUUACAAAUUUCUUUCGAAGAAGUACAGAAUGAACAAGAGAGGAGUCAUUGUGGGAGGGGAAGGAGAAAAUGUGGAGAUGCAAAGUGCGUCUAAAACUAAUCACAUAGUCGAGGGAGGUUUUAAAGUGUUUGAAGAAGAAGAGAACGACGAGAUUCGAGAAUUUGAAGAACAUAGAAGAGAAUAUAUUAACAUUCUGCGUGAGCUCCGACGGAAACAUCCACACCGCAACAUGGAGGACAUAGAGGUGAUGGCUCGCGAGGAAAUUCUUAAUAAAGGGCCUAAGAGCAGAGCUUUCUAUCGAAUACAAGCAACAAGAAAACUAACUGGAGGAGGAAACCUUAUGAAAAGAAAGGUGGAGAAGCAGGAAAUGAGGAAAGAGCUAAGUGAGGAGCAAAUUGUAAAAGACGACAAAGUUUAUAUUUUCUUCAAUCCUGGUCACUACACUGUAAUGGAAAAUGUUGGAGAAUUCGCAGUUAACGUUACUAGGGAAGGGAAUAUGAGUCAUACAGUUUGCGUUGACUUUCAAACAGAGGACGGCACUGCCGAAGCUGGCUCUGAUUACGACCCAGUUGCAGGAACGCUUGUUUUCCGACCCGGGGAAGCACAAAAACAUAUAUUUAUCUCAGUUGUUGAUGAUGACAUAUUUGAAGAAGAUGAACACUUCUACGUUCGUCUUAGCAACCCUCGAUACUUAGGAUCUGACGUUGGAUUUGGAGGAAUGAAUGGGUCAUUGGGGAGAUUACGACAGUGUCCACUCUUACAGCUGGCAGCACCUUCUAUAGCAACAGUCAUGAUACUGGACGACGACCAUAGCGGCGUGUUUGGCUUCAGUGAAAACCAGUUUGAAAUUGCCGAAUCUUCCGGCACGUUUGAUGUUCCUGUGUGUCGAUACAGUGGAGCCAGGGGCCGAGUGGUAGUACCAUUCAGGACCCUAGAUGGCAGUGCCAAAGAUGGAGUUGACUAUGAAAGUAUUGAGGGCGAGAUUAUUUUUGAUAACAACGAAACAAUGAAUAAUAUCCCUAUCCACAUCAUUGACAACGAAAGUUACGAGAAAGAUGCGGUGUUUUACUUGGAGCUUGGGGAUCCAAAACUCGAAGAAGGUAAAAUUUGUAUCAUGCAUACAGAACGAAAUAAGAAACCAGAUGGCAGUUGUGAUCUUCUUAAAGAAGAAACGGGCCAGAACGUCAGUGAUAAUUCCCAAAAUACAGAGCUGACAACAGCAGAGAAGAUUGCUCUGCUGGGAAAACCACGUAUAGGCGAGCAGUACAGAUGCACGAUCAGAAUUAAGGAAAGCAAAGAAUUCAAAAACACGGUCGAUAAACUUUUCCAAAAAGCCAAUGUUUCUUUAGCCCUUGGGACUUCUUCUUGGAAAGAACAGUUUAUUGAAGCAGUCACCGUUAGUGCAGGCGACGACAGAGGAGAAAAUGAUGAAGAUGAUGAAAAACGCCCUUCUUGUGUGGACUAUGUUAUGCACUUUUUCACCAUCUUUUGGAAAGUUCUUUUCGCUUUUGUUCCACCGACAGAUUAUUUGGAUGGGUGGCUUUCUUUCGUCACUUCUAUCUGCAUAAUAGGGCUUCUCACCGCUUUCAUCGGCGACCUUGCAUCUCACUUUGGUUGUACCUUAGGGAUUAAAGAUCAGGUUACGGCCACUGCUUUCGUUGCUCUGGGUACAAGUGUUCCAGACACGUUUGCUAGCAAAGUGGCUGCGAUAAACGACCGCUACGCCGAUUCUUCAAUAGGAAAUGUCACAGGAAGUAACGCCGUUAAUGUUUUCCUCGGGAUCGGGAUCGCUUGGUCAAUCGCAGCUAUCUACCAUGCUAUUAAAGGUGACGAGUUUCGUGUGAAUCCGGGAAGUUUAGCCUUCUCCGUGACUUUAUUUUGUGUUUGUGCAUUUAUCUCCUGUAUUAUUCUUUUUCUUCGCCGCUCCAAAAUGGUCGGAGGAGAAUUAGGGGGACCCAUGAAGUACAAAAUACCAACAACUGUUACCUUCGUGUUUUUGUGGCUUUUCUAUGUGCUAAUGUCAAGUUUAGAGUCCUACGGAAUCAUUCCGGGUUUUUAAACUCAAAUAAAAUAUCAAGCUAUAAGGAUUAAAGAUGAACAAAAACCAUAAAAUAUACUCAAAAAUUCGUCUAAAGAAAACUUGCGGCAAAGGAAAGACAGUUUGAUCGUAUCAAGGAGACUUUUGUGCUUUCAUGAAAUCUCUUUCCUUCAUUUAGUCUUCAAAGGAAGUUAAAAUGAAUGGGUGAGGAUGUAAAGUACUGAGAGAGAAAUUUUGCAUUUCCGCCACUCAUUUGCUUCUUUAUCAUAUUUUAUCCCCCCUUUUCCAAAAAACAGUUAAACGUCAUCUACUUUCAUAAGAUGUAUUUGUUAUUGUUCUUUAUAAAUAUUCAACACAUAAAUUAAUUAAACGUAGAACUUAAUAUACUUAUCCGAGCCAGACAUAGAAUUUUGCUCUAGAUACAUUGAUUUUGGGGUAGAGUUCAAUUUAAUAUUGGAAACAAAAUAUUGAAAAACAGCUUUAAAUUUAAUAUUCGAAUAUAUUGAAAACUUCCGAUAUCCUGCACCUGUUAUUACUAACAGUUAAGUGUUUUUUGUGGAGCUAAGCUUUUGCAUUUCACUUAAAAAGAAAUUGUUGUAUUUUAUGUAGCAUUCAGAGCUUCCUGUAAGUGAGAAAAGUAAUUCCUUCAAAGAACUCGACAUUCGUCCUGUCCUUAGAAAGUGCCAUAAAACACAUUCGUUCAUGUUGAACAAGGACAUUUAGAAAUUUCUGUUUUUUAUGGAUUUUUAACUGCAUUUUAUACAUAUUAUCAAAUAAACACACAUUAUAAUAAAUUUCUUGUUUUUUUUUUCAUGUAAGUGGCAGCACUUACUAUUCUACCUGUUGACAAUAGAAUACUUCUUGAGGUUUCUUGUGAUUUUGAGCAACGAUACUCCUUCAGGUUUCACCUUGUUUUUGCCAGUUGUUACACUAUACCACAGGGUGCACCGUAACCUGAUAUAUAUGAGAGUUUUAUGUAAGUGGAAACAUACAAGACAUGUGCAGGUAUUUGUUUAUAUAUCAAACGCUUCAAAAUACUAUUUUUAAGUUUUUGAUAUAGUAAAGCAUAUUAAUAAACUUAUUUAUUUUAAUAUAAUUCUGCUUUUUACCACUAGACAACUAUCUCAUGUAGCUUCAAAGUUAAGUAAUUCGUAUGGAGAAGAGUAUGAACUUAAAUCCUGAUUUGGAUCCAAAUCGCUAAAUGCUUUUGUGUCGUGUUUUUAUCUUAUUGAGUAUUUCUGUAGAGUACAUUAUAGAUCAUAAAAAAGUAUUCAACAUUUAGAGCUUUAUGUUUAACUGCAUUAGUUGAAAGAUAUCCACUUACAAGUCCUUUGAAAGACAUAUUUAAUACGUAGAAAACUGCUAGAUGUUGAUAAGGAUAAACUGCCUAAACAGAGACUUAGAGUUAGAGAUCAGUAAUCUGUGUAUACCACAGACAUAGGAACAAAAUAGAAAUAUUUAAGUAACAAAACUUAGGAAUAUUUAUUUACAUUUAAUCAUUUAAUGGUCUAUGUAUUAGGUCCCCAGAACUCAGAAAGAAAAGUGUUUAUUUUCCAUAAAGGAUGAUGGGUUAAGCCAUAUUACCAAGGAAGUAUAUAUGAUUUAUAUAAAUAAAAUCUACCGUGU